GUAGCGCCGCAGCCCGCAGGUUGCUGAUCCGGUGGAGAAGCACGCGCGCAGUACGCGGCGGUGCCCAUCCGCAACAAAACCUUCUCUCGCCCCACCGCGGCCUCGCCAACCGUCUCCGAGAAGGCACCCUGUACAACCUCCAUCCUCCCUCCGUCGCGCUUCCGUCGCAACACCAUCGCUCGUCUCCGAGAACCCACAACCCACUAGACCGCCUCGCCGGCCGCUCCCCUUCUUCCGCCGCCGCCGCCAUGGUGCUCGAGGCGACGAUGAUCUGCGUGGACAACUCGGAGUGGAUGCGGAACGGGGACUACUGCCCAUCGCGGUUCGCGCAGCAGUCUGACGCCGUGGCCAUCAUCUGCAACGCCAAGCUGCAGGCGAACCGGGAGAGUUCGGUGGGGGUGCUGGCCAUGGCGGGCAGGGGCGUCAGCGUGAUCGUCACGCCCACCAGCGAUAUCGGCAAAGUCCUCGCACGCAUGCACGGGCUGCAAAUUGGUGGGGAAGCAAACUUGACUGUUGCUAUCCAGGUCGCCCAACUUGCACUUGAGAAUCGGCAGAACAAGCAGCAGCAGCAGCAGAGAAUAAUUGUUUUUGUUGGCAGCCCAGUAAUAGAUGAUAGGGAUGUGCUAGAGGCAAUCGGGAAAAAGCUGAAGAAGAACAAUGUUGCUCUUGAUGUUGUUGACUUCGGUGAGUCUGAAGGUGAAAAACCUGAGAAACUAGAAGCUCUUGUUGCUGCAGUGAGUAGUGGUGGCAACAGUCAUAUCAUUCAUGUCCUUCCAGGAGAAGAUUUCCUUUCUAAUGUCAUCCUCUGUUCACCAAUAUUAGCAGAAGACCAAGAAAGUGUUAUUGCUGCAGCAGGUUUUGAAUUUGGUGUGGACCCAAAUGUAGACCCAGAGCUGGCACUAGCAUUUCAGGUCUUUAUAGAAGAAGAGAGAGCUAGGCAAGAAGAUGCUGCAGAAGAAUCCUCUGAAACUAAAAGCACAUGCCAAUCUUUGACCUUGAAUGAUGACAUUGUUAUGGCUGACGCAGAAUCUGAACCAAACCAAUAUACUGAAGACAAGAGAAAUCUGCAGACGGGUGAGGAGGAUCAGCUAUUGCAACAAGCUUAUGCGAUGUUGAUAGAAGAUGGUAACCAUGGAACUUUGCGACUGUUAGGUGCAGAUGAGGUGGAAUUAGUUCUUCAGACGUCUGUUCAAGAAGAAGAAACUGGCAGUCUGUCUGACAUGAGUGAAGUGUUUGGGGAUCAACCAUUUGUGCAAUCUGUCACUUAUGCACUUCCUGGUAUCGACCUUAACGAUAUAUCUAACAAGGAUCUGCGUGAAUGGCAUGAUUUAUUGAUUGGCCCGAGUGAGGCAAAGAAGCAACGCAAGAAGCAUAAAAAGAAGCAACACAAGAAGCGUGAGGAUGAGGAGAAGAAAGAUGAACCUGCGGGUGACAAGAGUCAAUAGUUAGCUGCACCCCUUUGCAUCCUCCAGUGUUAAAUUCAACUGAAACUCUCCAUCGUGCCUGUGCAGCUCUGCUGUGCAACUGUAAGUAUGUGCCCGAUGAUUUCGGGGGCUUUUCUUCUCAGUAUAUAGUGGGCAGUGGAUCCAGCUUUGAGAUGGUGUGGUGGUAGCUUUACCGUCAGCUUUCACAGUUUCACUUAGCAUUCUCGAACAUUGAUCAAAGGAAUGUUGUGUACUGGAUCCGACUGUUUGUUGAGGUUGACCAUGACCACUGAUGGAGCAGAUAGUAGUCUCUUGGCAGAGAAGUUACAUUA